AUGGAAAUUAGAGUUGGAGAAUCUGAUGAUGAAAAUGAAUUGGAAUCCAUUUCUCAAAUCAAUAAUAAUGAGUCUCAGCCUAGUGAAAAUGGAGAUGCAGUUGGAGUUGGAGUUGGAGGCUCUAGUUUUCUUUUGAAACUUGGUGGGAAGAGCUCUCUAGCAUGGUGGAAUAGUCAAAGCAAUAUUCAGAACUCUUUGAUGGCUCAUAACACAACAUUUAUUUCAUUGUUUCUUCUUUCAUAUGCUAGGACUGAAUCAGAACUCCUUAAGGAAAUUGUUGGAGAUGUUUUGCAAAAAUUGACUCCUACAUACCAAAACCAACUUAAAGGUCUGGUAGGAAUUGAGGACAAUUAUGAGGAAAUUGAAUCAUUACUGAAAAUUGGGUCAACUGAAGUGAUAACCAUUGGAAUAUGGGGUAUGGGUGGCAUAGGAAAGACCACCCUAGCCACUACUUUGUAUGCAAGAUUGUCUCCUCGGUUUGAAGGUUGUUGUUUCCUGAAAAAUGUAAGGGAAAAUUCAAGCAGCCAUAAUGGACUUGAAGCUUUACAUAACAAACUUUUCGCCAAGUUGUUAGAGAUUGAAAAUCAUUGUUUUGAUAUGAAUUUUGUGAGGCGUAAGCUUAAACAUAAAAAGGUUUUAAUUGUGUUGGAUGAUGUGGACACCUUACAACAAUUAGAAUAUCUAGUUGAAGAUUAUGAUUUGUUGGGGCCAGGAAGUAGAGUCAUUGUUACAACUAGAAAUAAACAAAUUUUUAGUCUAGUUGAUGAAGUAUAUGAGGUCAAGAAAUUGAGCUCUGAUCAAUCUCUUCAACUUUUUUGUUUGACUGUUUUUGGAGAAAAACAACCUAAACAUGGAUAUGAAGAUCUUUCAAGAAGUGUAGUUUCCUAUUGUAAAGGCGUUCCUUUGGCUUUAAAAGUUAUGGGUGCAAGUCUUCGUCGAAGAAGUGAAGAGGUAUGGGAAAGUGAAUUGAGAAAACUCCAAAAGAUUCCAAAUAUGCAAAUUCAUAACAUUUUAAAAUUGAGUUAUGAUGGCUUAGAUCGUUCUCAAAAGAACAUCUUUUUAGACAUUGCCUGCUUACUGAAAGGAGAAAACAAGAAUUCUGUAACAAGUCUACUAGAAGCUUGUGGUUUCUUUGCAGUAUCUGGAAUCGAAGUCCUUUUGGACAAAGCUCUCAUAACAAUUUCAAAUUACAAUUCGAUAGAAAUGCAUGACUUGAUACAACAAAUGGGUCAAGAAAUUGUUUAUCAAGAAUCCAUCAAAGAUCCGGGAAGACGAAGUCGAUUAUGGAAACAUGAUGAAGUGUAUGAAGUAUUGAAAUAUAACAAGGGAACUGAUGAUGUUGAAGGGAUAAUUUAA